AUGGAAUAACCGAGAAAAAAACAUUCAGUGCUGAUUACAAAAUGAUAGUAAAGAAAUUUUAUAAAAGUUUUCCUUUUUUUCCGGACAAAGUAUACAAAAUGUCUUAAUAUUUAGAAAUUUUGCUCUCAAACAGAAUGCAGGGUUUAUAAACAACGAUGGAAAAAGUUUUAGUAAAAUUUUGGUAGCAAACAGAGGAGAAAUUGCGUGUAGAAUUAUAAAAACCGCUAAAAAGAUGAAUAUAAAAACAGUGGCUGUUUAUUCCGAAGCUGAUGCAUAUUCUCCCCAUGUGAAGCUAGCCGACGAAUCAGUUUUUUUGGGGCCAUCAGUGGCGUCCGACUCCUACUUAAAUAUAAAAAAAAUUAUAGAUGCGAUUAAAUUUACGGGUGCUGAGGCGGUUCAUCCAGGUUACGGUUUCUUGUCAGAGAACGCAUCUUUCGUUUCUCAACUGGAAAAUGAAAGAAUUAUUUUCAUAGGACCUUCAGCUAAAGUAAUUAAUAAACUCGGUGACAAAUUAGCAUCAAAGAGACUUGCUCAAAAUGCAGGCGUUAACGUAAUUCCAGGAUUCGACGGCGAAAUAAGGGAUGCUAAACACUGUGUUGAAAUAGCUCGGCAAAUUGGAUAUCCUGUAAUGAUAAAGGCAUCUGCUGGUGGCGGUGGUAAAGGAAUGAGAAUUGCAAGAAACGACGACGAUGCAAGGAAUGGCUUUCAAAUGUCAACUGAAGAAGCUGCUUCCAGCUUUGGAGAUAAUCGUAUUUUACUUGAGAAACUUAUAGAAAGCCCUAGGCACAUUGAAAUACAAGUUUUGGGAGAUAACUACGGCAAUAUUAUUUACCUAAAUGAGAGAGAGUGCAGCAUUCAGCGCAGAAAUCAAAAAAUUAUUGAGGAAGCGCCUAGUAUGUUUCUGGACAAUGGUAUUAGAAGGGCUAUGGGUGAACAGGCCGUUAAACUUUGCACCGAAAUUGGUUACUGUUCUGCAGGAACAGUCGAGUUUUUAGUUGACAAGAAUCGCGAUUUUUAUUUCUUGGAAAUGAACACACGACUACAAGUGGAGCAUCCUGUUACAGAGGCGAUAACAGGGGUCGACAUAGUGCAACAAAUGAUACAAAUUGCUCAAGGACUUCCACUUGAUCUAACUCAAGAAGACGUAAAAAUUAACGGACAUGCCAUAGAAUGUCGAAUUUACGCCGAGGAUCCUUACAAAAACCUUGGUUCCCCCAGUAUUGGAAAACUUUUUAAAUAUAGAGAGCCGAAUAGGGUUCAGGGAAUAAGAUGUGAUAGUGGUGUUGAAGAAGGCAGCGAAAUCACUUUCUAUUACGAUUCAAUGAUCUGCAAACUAAUAUGUUUUGGAAAAAAUCGACAAGAGGCUAUCAAGAAAAGCAUAGAAGCACUUGAUUAUUACGUUAUAAGGGGAGUUACGCACAAUAUUCCACUUUUAAGGAGUAUCCUGUGUCAUCAACGGUUUGCAAUCGGGAAUUUAAACACAAAUUUUUUAUCUGAGAUUUAUUCAAACGGUUUUGAACGUCACAAACUUAAUUUACAAGAAAAAAAUAAACUACUAGCUAUAGCGUCAGCUUUGUACGUUAGAAAUGAUUCGAGAAACCGACAUUUUUUAAAUAAUCCCAAGCCCCACAUUCACAAAAACAAAUGGAAUGUUGCUAUAAAACUCAAUAAUGACACUCACACUGUACACAUUCACAAACAAAGUGGUUUUGUUGUAAUAAAAAUCAAUGAUUCCAAACAGUACAAAAUAAAUGAAAUGGAUAUAAAUUUAGCUGAACCGGUGACAGAAAUUAAAUUAAAUGAAGAGGAAGCUGUUGUACAAUUGAUUUCUAGAAACCCUAGCGGUGAUUACAAAAUUUCUUACCUUGGAACUGUCUACAAUUUAAAUAUAAUUCCCAAGAAAGCGGCGGAUUUGUUACAUUUAAUGCCCCAAGAACUUCAAGCAGAUAUAUCUAAAACAAUUAAAUCUCCGAUGCCAGGUUUAAUUAAAAGUUUAUCUUGUAAAGAAGGCGAUUGUAUAACCGAGGGCCAAGAAUUGUGUACAAUUGAAGCCAUGAAGAUGCAAAACUCCAUAAUGGCAAUCACUUCUGGGAAAAUUAAAACGAUUUAUAUCAGAGAGGGCAGUGUAGUUAGUGAUAACGACAUUUUAAUCGACUUGGAAUAAACUUUUUUCAACUCGAAAAAAGUAGCAUUAUUUCACAUUACCAACACAUACAGGGUGUCCCAACGAGUUGAAAAAGUCCAUUAGUGACGUUUAAAUAGUAGAAUUUAUGUAGGACAUAGUCUAUCGCCUAAAUUUAUUUUC